AUGGAUAUCCAAAUCCUCCCUCUGACCCAAUUGGACAUUCCGCAGGCCGUAGAAUGCAUCCAGACCGUCUUCGUGGACGAUCCGUACUUCCUGUACUUGUUUAACCCUUCAACCUAUAAUCGCGCCCGGAAUACCGCGUCACUGUCCGCUCACUUCCUCCACGGCCUCGGCUGCAAUGCCCCUAUCUAUGUCGCAAAAUACCAAAAUCGAGUCGUUGGGGUCUGCUGGUGGAUAUCACCUCGUCCGGCAUCAUCGCCACCAUCCCUCUCCGAGAGGGUGCACGACUGGAUCCUCUCCUUCCGCCAACUGCUCGCCAAUAUUCGCUACGCUGGCCGUGGCGGACUCCGCGUCGACCGCUACCUACAAUGGAAAGAGCUCCAGGCCGAAAGCCAGGCCGAGACUUGGUCUAGUCCCCAGGGGUACUACUUCUGUAAUGUUAUCGCCGUGCGAGCAGAGACACGGGGCAAGGGGGUCGGACGCAAACUCGUAGAGGCUGUUACGCAAAGAGCAGAUGCAGAGGGGGUACCAUGUUACCUAGAAAGUUCCAAAGGAGUCCCUAAUCUACUUAUCUAUGAGAAGCUGGGCUUUGAGUUGGUGAGUGAGAUCGAGUGCGUAGAUGGCAAAGACAUCUGUACGAUGUAUGGUAUGAUCCGGUCUCCGAAGAAAAGGGACGGUAAAUAUUAUGAUUGA